CGGUUGGAGACAGAGGAGACAAGUCAGCGCCAUUUUCAACCUCCUAUGCGGUACUACCUCCCAUGCAGUACUACACGUCAAAAUGCUGGUGCAGGUGAAGUACAGCCAACAGCAGAAAUAUGUGAAGCUGGAUGAGGAUGAAGGACGGUUUGACUUUAUGCAAUUCCAUGAAAAAGUCAUCGAGAGAUUUUGUCUGCCACCUGAUGCAAAAGUCAUAUACAAGGAUGCAACAAGGACAGAAGUUGAUGCAGAAAUAUUCAGCGACCUUGUUGGACAAUGCAAUGUGGUGCUGACAGUUUUCUCAGAUCAGGGUGAGAUAUCAAAGCAGUUGAUUGAAGCUGUGCUAAGAGGCAAGUCUGGGGGUGAAGAAGUACUACAGGAGUACCAAACAACAGAAACCCUAACAGAUGCUGCAAGAAGAAAAAUGGUUAACAUCCUGGUGGCUCACAUGAUUGACAAUCAUGGGCACCGCCCCACUAAAGCAAUCAGAGAAGAUUAUGCACGUGGGAUAGUGAUGUUGUUCCCUUCCCUCAAGGAUCCAUACUCCAAGAAGGGCUAUGAACACUUCUAUGAUGCUGCAAGCAGCACAGGAUACAUUUCUUGGCGUCUGAAAACAGUCCAGAGGAAGAUUCGUCGAGGAUCUGCACUGCCACCAAAUAGCCCAAUUGACGUUUGGACUGUUAAUGUUGAAAGGCAGCUUGAUGGUAAUGCUUGCCAAGAGGCCAUGUCUUUGCUCAACCAUACCACAGACAAUUCCCUGAUUUUCCAGAAGAUGAGAGAGACCUUUCAGCACCGUCAGAAGCUCGUUAAUGACCCAGGCAGAAGUGUUGAUAUCCUCUCCAGCUUCCCAAGAUUCUUGGAUACAAAAUGAUUGGUGGACCAAGACUUCACUCUCCUAUUUGAUGACGACACAUCCUCCAGAGGCCUGUACUACGAAGCAGGAUUUGGCGUUAACAAGCUAACUUAAGGCUCAACACAGGA